UUUUUUUAUUUAUUUAAAGUCAAGGCCAAUUUGCAGCCUGCCAAUUUGAUGCGCCAAUUUGUUGGGGAUUUUCUGUGGUUUUGGAGAUUUAAUUUUGUGAGGAGAGGGGAAGGAAAGGAAGAGGAGAGAUUACUAGAUUUGUAUUGGAACUGGCGACAGCUGCCUUCCUUUUUCUUUUGUUUUUACUUUUUUUUCUUAAAAAAUGAUGAACAAAUUAAAGAAACGGUAAAAGAAAAAGAAAUUUUUUAUAAUUAUUUUUUAAAUAUUUAUUUGUAAGUAGGAAUUGCCAGAUUCGACUCAGGCGGAGAAUUAAAGCAUUUUCUUGCGGGGUUAUUUUCGAAGCAUUUAGGAAUUCCUCGGGUUUAAUUAAUAGUAUAAACGAGUCGAUUU